AGAAAGACACCAGCGAUGAAUCCUUUCCAGAAAAAUGAGUCCAAGGAAACUUUUUUUUCACCUGUCUCCACUGAAGAGGUAUCACCUCGAUGUCCCAGCCUUCCAAAGAAGCCAUCUCCGAAAAUCUUUGGCUCCAACUAUCCACUGAGCAUUGUCUUCAUUGUGGUGAAUGAAUUCUGUGAGCGUUUUUCCUAUUAUGGAAUGAAAGCGGUGCUGACCCUGUACUUCCUGUAUUUCCUGCACUGGAAUGAAGAUACUUCCACAUCUGUAUACCAUGCCUUCAGCAGCCUCUGUUAUUUCACUCCCAUCCUGGGGGCAGCCAUUGCUGACUCAUGGUUGGGAAAAUUCAAGACAAUUAUCUCUCUAUCUUUGGUGUAUGUGCUUGGCCAUGUGAUCAAGUCCUUGGGUGCCUUACCAAUACUGGGGGGACACGUAGUACACACAGUCCUAUCUUUGGUCGGCCUGAGUCUAAUAGCUUUGGGGACAGGAGGUAUCAAACCCUGCGUGGCAGCUUUUGGUGGAGACCAGUUUGAAAAAAACCAUGAAGAGGAACGGGCUAGAUACUUCUCAGUCUUCUAUCUCUCCAUCAAUGCAGGGAGCUUGAUUUCUACAUUUAUCACACCCAUGCUAAGAGGAGAUGUGCAGUGUUUUGGGGAAGACUGCUAUGCAUUGGCUUUUGGAGUUCCAGGAUUGCUGAUGGUGAUAGCACUUGUUGUGUUUGUGAUGGGAAGCAAAAUGUACAAAAAAACACCUCCAGAAGGAAAUGUAGUGACUCAAGUUGUCAAAUGUAUCUGGUUUGCUGUUUCUAACCGUUUCAAGAACCGUUCUGGGCACAUUCCAAAGCGACAGCACUGGCUGGACUGGGCAGCUGAGAAAUACCCAGAGCAGCUCAUUAUGGAUGUAAAGGCUCUGGCCAGGGUACUAUUCCUUUAUAUCCCAUUGCCCAUGUUCUGGGCUCUUUUGGAACAGCAGGGCUCACGAUGGACCUUACAAGCUACCAGGAUGAACAGGAAUUUGGGUUUUAUUGUGCUUCAGCCUGACCAAAUGCAGGUUUUAAAUCCCCUUCUGGUUCUUAUCUUCAUCCCAUUGUUUGACCUUGUCAUUUAUCCUCUGGUCUCCAAGUGUGGAAUUAACUUCUCAUCGCUUAAGAAAAUGGCGGUUGGCAUGAUCCUAGCAUGCCUGGCAUUUGCAGUUGUGGCAGUUGUAGAGAUAAAAAUUAAUGAAAUGGCCCCACCCCAGGCAGGUCCCCAAGAGAUUUUCCUACAAGUCUUGAAUCUGGCAGAUGAUGAGGUGAAGGUGACAGUGCUGGGAGAUGAAAACAAUUCUCUGUUAACAGAGUCCAUCAAAUCCUUUCAGAAAAUGCCACACCAUUCCAAACUCCACCUGAAGACAGAAAGCCAGGAUUUCCAAUUCCACCUGAAAUAUCGCAAUUUGUCUGUCUACACUGAGCAUCCUGUGGAGGAGAAGAAAUGGUACAGUCUGGUCAUUCGAGAAAAUGGGAAAAGUAUUUCCAGUAUGAUGGUGAAAGAUGCAGAAAACAUAACAACCAAUGGGAUGACAGCUGUGAGGUUUGUUAACACUUUACAUAAAGAGGUCAACAUCAACCUGGGUAGAGAUAUCUCCCUCACUGUUGGUGAAGACUAUGGUGUGUCAGCUUACAAAACUGUGCAAAUAGGAGAAUAUCCUGAGGUGCAUUGUAGAACAGAAGAUACAGACUUUUCACUCAAUUUGGGUCUACUAGAUUUCGGUGCAGCUUAUCUGUUUGUUAUUACUAAUAUCACCAAUCAGGGUCCUCAGGCCUGGAAGACAGAAGACAUUCCAGCCAACAAAAUAUCCAUUGCAUGGCAGCUGCCACAAUAUAUGCUGGUUUCAGCUGGGGAGGUCAUGUUCUCGGUCACAGGACUUGAGUUUUCUUAUUCUCAGGCUCCCUCCAGCAUGAAGUCGGUACUCCAGGCAGCCUGGCUGCUGACAAUUGGAGUUGGGAAUUUCAUUGUGCUUGCUGUGGCACAGUUCAGUGGCCUGGUACAGUGGGCUGAAUUUAUUUUGUUUUCCUGUCUUCUGCUGCUGGUUUUCCUGAUCUUCUCCAUCAUGGCCUACUACUAUGUUCCUAUAAAGUCAGAGGAUAUUCAGGAACCAGAAGAUAAACAGAUUCCCCAUAUCCAAGAGGAUAUAAUCAAUCUGGAGACCAAUAACACAAAGCUGUAAUGACUCCCAAGACUCUGCCCAGCCCUAAAUUCCUGACCCUGGUCUUGGUCAUCACUGAAUUUCAAUUUUUUUUUUCCUCCUCUUUGGCUAGCAGGGAGAGGUAGCAUCAUAUCUGAGCUGAUCUCCUCUACUUUUCUCCCAUGAUAGGGGGAGUUUUGGAAUUUGAAGUACAUUAAAGAGCAAGGCCCCUGAGGCUCUAUGUCUUCUCAUCUAUCAUUGAACUCAGUAAACCUGUAUAGUGUUUGCGAAGCUGGCCUGGUGUCUCCAAAUGGCCAUGAAAACACAAAAGUAUAAUUGAGAUUAGUCUCUGUGGACAUGCAAAAUUAUGUGAGAAUUCCUUUACCUGCUAUUUAGAACUAAUGACCCCACUUGCUGAGGUGCCGAUUUAGGGGCAAAAUUGCAGAAUA